GUCACCAAGAAGUUCAAAUUCAUCAAAUCAGAACUUGCAAGUAACAAUGCAACAGCGCAAGCAGGAAAGGGAUAUCAAGAAAACUGAGAAUGGAGAUUCCAGUUGGAGUCUACGAAAAAUUCGCCAUCCAACACAUGAUCAUGCCAUCAGGAAAAAGAAAGAAGAGCCAUAUGUUCAUUCAGCAGCAGCAAAUAAGGCAUGCUUCAAAGACAAGAAAUCCAAGAAAUCUCCAUUGUCAAAUGAACUUGUCACUACAAAUGCGCCAAUCCUUCUCCCUGUCAAGAAACACCCUUCUCCUCCAGCCACAAAAUUACCUCAAAAACAGGCACAGGUUUCUAGCAAAACGAGCCAUUCGUACAAGCAAGUGCACCUGCAAAGUAAGAAAAUAUUCGCCGCCGUCGAACCAGGGAAAACUAGCCGUUGCCCCACCAAUGCGUCCGCCGCGGCGGAGGAGUACCGAUAUUACAUCCAGUGGAUCUUAACUCGAUCGGGAAUCGGCGGCAAUGCCACACCGUUGAAUUCGGGGGCGUGGCACACCUCUACACAUCCUCUCGAUCCCUCAAUCUUUCACUAUCUCGAACUCUUCCAUCCCUCAGGCUCCGCGACCUUAAGCCACCGGUGCAACAGAAAGCUAAUUUUCCAGCUAGUAGAUGAGCUUUUGGCUGAUAUUUUACGUCUUCGUUUGGAUAUACGGCCGAGGAUUUCUCCAGUCUCAGACAACUACACAUUAAUUGAUGAAUUGUGCAACAAAAUUGAGGGUUACCCGGCGGCUAAUUGUCAGGUGCUUGAGGAUAUCGAUUCUCUUAUCGGCAAAGAUUUGAGUGAAUCGCAACUGCCUGGGCAAUCUGAAGUGGAAUGGGAGGGAUUAGUGCGUGAGAUCGAAGGUGAAAUCAUGGAUUCCUUAGUCCGUGAGACGGCGGCGAUGGUCGCCGUCCGGGCGGCGGGGUGA